GUUUGCUCCUCCAAUUGGUAAACGUUGUGUGAUAUUUGUCGAUGAUGCCAGUAUGCCUCAAAAAGAGGAAUACGGUGCUCAACCCCCGAUUGAGCUAUUACGUCAGUGGUUUGACCAUGAAAUGUGGUAUGAUUUAAAAGAAAUUGUACCAAUGAAACUAAUUGAUAUCCAGUUCAUGUGUGCCAUGAAUCCGCCUAUUGGGGGUGGAAAAACUGUUACCCCCCGAUUUUCUAGGCAUUUUAAUCACCUGUGUAUUGACGAAUUCGAGGACGAAGUUAUGAUUAAUAUAUUUUCUAAAAUAAUGCUGUGGCAUCUUGACACAAGGGGAUUUUCUAAAGAUUUUGAUCCUGUUAUAGGACAAAUUGUACAAGCAACUCUAGAUAUUUACAAAAUGAGUAGACAAAACUUGUUGCCAACCCCAUCUAAGUCUCACUAUUUGUUUAAUUUAAGAGACUUCUCUAGAGUUAUUCAG